AUGGAGGUUCCUCUAGUCAACUUUGAGAACCUGGAUGACAUCGGAAUCAAUCUGGGAGACCCGAAUGACUUGGGAUAUCCAACCUCACCCACCUCAGAUGCCCCGGAACCAAACCAGGGGACCUAUGGCAUAAACUCAAUUACACAUUCACCUCAGAGAGGAAGACAGCCGAGGCACUCACCUGCCUCUCCACCAACACUCAGCAAGAAAGGAACAUCAAGCUGCAACAGCCUGAUUUCCAACUGGAAGGUUCUGAUAAGCAGCGAGGGCAGUCCCAAUGAGGCACUUCUAGGAAAAGUAGCCAAGGAUUGUUGCGAGGAAUAUUUUGCUGAAAAGGAGAAAUUCGAGGAGGGUGAACAAAAAGUGGUUAUCAAUGUCUCAGGGAUGAUGUACGAGACAACACUUAAAACUUUGAAUCAGUUCCCAGAUACCUUGCUUGGAGACCCCAUGAGAAGGAUUGACUACUUUGACCCCAUGAAGAAUGAGUAUUUCUUUGAUCGCAACCGCCCCAGCUUUGAUGGAAUCUUGUAUUUCUAUCAGUCCAGAGGUAAGAUUCGGAGGCCAGCAAACGUGCCAUUGGAUGUGUUUGCUGAUGAGAUAGUGUUCUAUCGACUAGGGCAUGAGGUCAUGGAACAGUUCAAGGAAGAUGAAGGUUUCAUCAAAGACCCUGAGCCUCAACUCCCAACCAAUGAGCUUCACCGUCAAUUCUGGCUGCUCUUUGAGUACCCAGAGAGCUCCAGUGCUGCCAGGUCAGUGGCCUUAGUGUCUGUUUUUGUCAUCACUAUAUCUAUUUGUAUCUUCUGCCUGGAGACGCUCCCGGAAUUCCGUGAUGAGCGUGAAUUUAUGCCUGCUUUUGUCAACUUAACCCGUGACGCCAAUGGAACGCUUCUAUCCCCUACUCCUCAUCCUAAGGCCAUGCUCUCUGCCUUUGCUGACCCUUUCUUUGUGGUGGAGACCAUCUGUAUCAUUUGGUUCUGUUUUGAGCUUGGAGUACGUUUCAUAGUGUGCCCCAGCAAGAGCGAGUUUUUCAGCAAUAUCAUGAAUGUCAUUGACAUUGUGUCCAUUAUGCCCUACUUCAUAACCGUCAUAACGGAACUGAUGGCCACCCACGAUGAAGACCCCACCGCCAACCAGAACAUGUCUCUGGCUACGCUACGUGUCAUCCGAUUAGUGCGCGUCUUCAGGAUUUUCAAGCUGUCCCGCCAUUCUAAGGGCCUCCAGAUUCUAGGCCAAACCCUGAAGGCCAGCAUGAGGGAGCUGGGCUUGCUUAUUUUCUUCCUCUUCAUUGGCGUCAUCCUCUUCUCCAGUGCCAUUUACUUUGCUGAGGUUGACGAACCUGAUACUCAGUUCGUGAGCAUCCCGGAAGGAUUCUGGUGGGCUGUGGUCACAAUGACGACGGUUGGCUAUGGUGACAUGUGCCCUACCACGUUGGGAGGAAAGAUGGUUGGGAUCCUCUGUGCCAUCGCUGGCGUACUGACCAUUGCACUUCCCGUUCCUGUCAUCGUCUCCAACUUCAACUACUUCUACCAUCGUGAAACAGAGCAGGCGGAGAAACAGAUGAUUGAUGCUGCUGCUGAGGCUGCUGCAAAUCAGAAAAGCAGUUCUGAAGAGAAAUAUGAAAGCAAUUACUCGCUGGACAAGAACAAUGGGAAUUGGCAGACAGGGAAAAACGGCAUUCCAUAA